GCCUUCGAUGAUAUUGCCAAAUACUUCUCUAAGAAAGAGUGGGAAAAGAUGAAAGCCUUGGAGAAAAUCAUCUCUGUGUAUAUGAAGAGAAAGUAUGAGGCCAUGACUAAACUCAAAUGCCCUUAUGCGACAGAAGUCUCUCUGAAGUUUGGAAAUCUUUACGAACAAAGAAAAAUUCUGAUGUAUUCUCUUUUAGUUGAACGUCCUCAGAUGACUUUCAGCAGGCUACAGAGAAUCUUCCCGAAGAUCAUGCUCAAGAAGCCAGCAGAGGAAGGCAACGAUUCGAAGGGAGUGCCAGAAGCAUCUGGCCCACAGAACGAUGGGAAACAGCCGUGCCCCCCGGGAAAACCAAGUACCUCUGAGAAGAUUAACAAGACAUCUGGAAAUAGGGAGGCCCAAGAAAAGGAAGAGAGGCAGGGAAGAGCUCAUCCGUGGAGCAGUCAGACCACACACAACAUUGAUCGGUUACGUUCGUCGUCAUCUGUGGGCGCAGUUCCUAGUACCCCCAAAGCAUUUACACACAACAGGAUGACUAUAGUCAAUAAUAACUUAAUCGUACGUUUAAAAAUAACUAAAAGAGUGUAAUUGGAUUGUUUGUAACACAGGAAUAAAUGGUUGAGGGGAUGGAUACCCUAUUUUCCAUCAUGUGAUUAUUACGCAUUGCAUGCACAUAUCAAAACAUCUCACGUACCGCGUAAGUAUAUACACCUACUGUGUACCCAAAAAAUAAAGAACAAAAAUUAUUUCAAAAGACUAAAAGACAACAAAGAUCAUUGCAAUGAUAACAUCAAAGCUCACUGAUCACAAAUCACCUUAACAGAUAUAAUAAUAAUGGAAAAGUGUAAAAUUGGUGAAAAUUUCUAAAAAAAGAAAAUGCUGUAUCUGCGAAGCACUAUGAAAAUGAGGUGCCAUUAAACAAGGUAUGCCUGUGUGCCCUUAACAAAUACGUGCAGAGUGAAAGGAGGUAUGGGUCAGCGUUCCCGUAAGUGAAGAUGUUGGGAAUCUAAACCUCACAACGGAAGGAGCCAGAAGCUAAAACUUUAAUUGCCAUUUGGCCUGUAUUGGUGUGGGUCUAAGGUCUCAGCCUCUCUAGCCAGAGAAUGUGAAAAACUGGGUAAAGAAGGCCUGUGGGCACUUGGGAGCAUGGAGGCAUCUCCUGUUUUUGAGAAAACAGAGCCUAACACUCUUCAACCUACCCAACC